UUCCUCCGCCGGUUUAACUUUAAUAAAAUAAUACUGAUCGUACUGAUUAAUUAUUACAAUUAUUCUUGAAAUUAAUAAAGUGGCAUUUAAUUUAAAUAUGGAUUUAUUCAAGUAGGUAAUUGUCUGUGAAUAAGGCAAAACUAGCGAGACUAAACAUUUGAAUAUCCUUUAUUUAAAUUGUCCUAGAAUGGACUUUUUCAAUCAAAUUUAUGAAAGGAAACUGCAAGAAAAUAAUGAGCAAAUUCGAUUCUGGGAGGACCAUAUAAAAGCAUUAAAUGAUGUUCAAUUUAAGUUAUACUCUGAUAAAUUAAAAGUGCCAGUGUUAGUACCAAUCGGCAGCAGAAUUCUAUUCCGUGGAGAAUUAAAGCAUACAAAUGAAGUGACAACAUCAUUGGGUAUGGGAUACUUUGCAAAAUGUUCUACUGAGCAGGCUGAGAUUUUAAGACAACACAGAAUUAAAGAUGCCAAAUCAAAAUUAGAUGUUGUGAUGAGAGAGAAAGAAUAUCUGGAAGGUCAAAAAACAUUUAAAAAUCAAACAGUUUUUAAUGAUAGACCAGAAUUAAUUGAAUAUGAAACUGAAGAAGAAGACAGACUGUGGAGAGAAAAACAUAAAGAGAACCUUAAACUCUACUAUCAAAAUAAAAGUAAAAAAGAAGAAUUAAAUAAAGAUGAAAUAUCUGAUGAUGAGCUGUGGAAUAGACUUGAAGAGUUAGAACUUCAAGAGGAAUUACAAAAUGAACUAGCCGAAGAUAAUGAAAAUAUGGAAGAUGUAAGAGAUUCAUUAACAUAUAAUAAAAAGAAUGAAGACCACAUUGAAAACAUGGAUCAGAGGAAAUAUGAUAUUACAAAAGAAAUUCUUGAUAAAACAGUGUCUAAUGAUACACAUAUUAAUCCUGAAAAUACAUGUAGAUUGGACCUUCUACAAAAUGUUUUAGAUAAGCAAAAAGAACUGGAGGAAAAAAUAUUUGAGAUUAAAAACCGGGAGAGAAAUGUGACCAAAACUGAAUCUGAUUUGAUGUCUCGGCUAGAUGAGUUGGAGCAAUUAGAGGAAGUGGAAGAUGAAAUGGACAGGUUAGAUGAUGUUCUUUAUGAACCUGAACCUGCAGACGAGGUAGAAGAAAAUAAAAAUAGUGUAAAAGUAAAGAGGAGUGUGUCCUUUGCUGAUCAAGAUGAAAGUGAAACAUUGGAGAUAACUUUUAAACAUUCUAACGUACCAGCAAAUGAAGAUUCAUAUGAUCCAAAAAAAGGCAUAUUGAAACCAAGUGAUGUAUAUGACGCAUUUUCUCAUCUCUUCCCAGAAACAACCUCAAUAUUGAGGAAAACAAAGUAUAAACCAGAAACAACAGAACCGAGCAAUGAUCUCGAACAAAGUAAAAAAAUAAAUUUCGAAUUUAAAAGGGAUAAUGCCACAAAUAUUGUAUUUGUAUUUGAUGAUGUUAAGGAAAAAGAAUUAUCUAAACAAAGAAUUUUAGACAACAGACAUAAAAGACCUGUGAGUAUUUUCAAAAAACGGCGGCAGCAAAAACAUUAAAAUUGUGUAAUAUAAAACCUUAAUGUAAUAUUUUAGGAAUAAG